AUGGCGGUUGCGCUGGUCCAGGGAAAGGAGAGAAUAUACCUGAAGCACUUUUACGACCGAAUCGCGCAAAACCAAGCAGCAUUUACGCCGGACGUGGUCGAUUUUUAUGUGAUGCAGUUCAGCCAACCUGAUGCACUUCGCUGUGCAUUUCUGACGUACCGGGCCUUCGAGAUCGGCGCAGAGCAUAACCGCCGAGGGAGAGAAGAGAGCAGAAAGGUCAAGAUCAAAAACAUGGUGUUGUCUGGCAAGGACUCUUUCCUGGCUCCUCAUGCCGCGAGCAUGGCCAAAGAGUUUUACGAGGACGUGAAGGUCGGAUUGGUCUCUGACUCGGGCCACUAUCUUGCUGAAGAAAAUCCAUAG